UGCUGGAGUCGAGUCCUUGUUAACAAAGAAAGACUUGAUAGAAAGAUAGAAAGGGGAGUGGAGGGAGGAAGAUGGCUACUAUAAGAAUUCCGCAGCUGUAUUUUGGUGCUGCGACUUGCCUGUUACUUUUAGGGGCCAUCUCCAGCUUUCAACCCCAGUUGAUUGCGGCCAAACCACUUUCCAAGACUAAGCUUCAGUCUCCUAUUCUUCAGGACUCGAUCAUUAAACAGAUAAAUGAAAACCCCAAGGCUGGAUGGGAAGCUGCCAUGAAUCCUCGAUUCUCCAAUUACACUGUUAGCCAGUUUAUGCACCUCCUGGGAGUCAAACCAACACCCCAAAAGGAUUUGCAGAGUUUUCCUAUUAAAACUUAUCCAAAAUCUCUCAAGUUGCCAAAUAAUUUUGAUGCCAGAACCGCUUGGCCUCAGUGUAACACCAUUGGAAGAAUAUUAGAUCAGGGUCACUGUGGCUCUUGUUGGGCUUUUGCUGCUGUUGAAGCACUAUCAGAUCGUUUUUGCGUCCGUUAUGGCAUGAAUAUCUCUCUGUCUGUUAAUGAUCUCCUAGCAUGUUGUGGUUUCAUGUGUGGAGCUGGUUGUAAUGGGGGAUAUCCAAUUUAUGCUUGGCGGUACUUUAUCCACCAUGGUGUUGUCACUGAAGAGUGUGACCCAUACUUUGAUUCAACUGGCUGCUCGCACCCUGGUUGUGAUCCUGCGUAUCCUACUCCAAAGUGCGUUAAAAAAUGUGUAGAUGGGAACCAGAUCUGGAAGAAUUCAAAGCAUUAUAGUAUCAGUGCGUAUAGAAUCAACUCUGAUCCUCACAGUAUCAUGGCAGAGGUUUAUAGGAAUGGACCAGUUGAGGUUGCAUUCACUGUUUACGAGGACUUUGCACACUAUAAAUCAGGAGUUUACAAACAUGUUAAAGGUGAUGUAUUGGGAGGUCAUGCUGUUAAGCUAAUUGGAUGGGGGACAACCAAUGAUGGAGAGGACUAUUGGCUUCUGGCGAAUCAGUGGAAUAUAAGCUGGGGUGAUGAUGGCUACUUCAUGAUCAGAAGGGGAACAAACGAGUGUGGAAUUGAAGAAGACGUGGUUGCCGGUUUGCCUUCAUCCAAAAAUUUUAUAAGCCAAGUUGCCAGUGUGGAUGCUGUUGCGGCGGGUGUUUCAGUUUGACAGACAUCAUUCGGUAUCUGGUGUAAACCAAUUACAAAUUGGUUUGCCACUUCCACUGUGUUAUGCCACCGCUUUUCACGUUAUAAAUAAAUAAAGUAAAAACAUAAAGAGGGAGCGAUAACACUUCUUAAGGGCUA